AUGGCGACAUUGAUACCCAAUACCUUGGAACUUCCGGCGGGAGUAAAUAGCAACGGGACAGGCCAGCCAGAUCUAGGCAACAUCAUCCAGGCGUUGGAAAUUAUACACACCCGAGCUACAACGAAUGAGGUCAGAAAACAGGCCUCGGAGUUCCUAGAGCUGCAGAAACACGAGAAGAACGCGGUACAGAAUGGAUUUUACUUGGCGGCGGAGCGGAACCAUUCUCCUGUUGUUCGCCAUUUCGGCCUCUCGCUGCUGGAACACGUUUUAAAACACAGAUUGUCCGAGUUGACGCCUGCGCAGGUCGGCCACCUCAGAGGACUGAUUCUGGGUCUCGCACAGGAGAUUCAAGCUCAAGAUAUGGCAUAUAUCCGCAACAAGCUUGUCCUAUUGUGGGUGGAGAUUGCGAAACGGACCUGGGCGCUCGAUUGGCUAGGGAUGGAUGAAUCGUUGGUGCAGCUGUGGAGUGGAACCCUAAUACAUAAGGAAUUCGUCCUUGGGGUCCUGGAAACAUUAUCAGAUGAUGUUUUCCACCACGAAGAUACAGCUUCAUCAUUGCGCGGAACAGAUCUAAAUCGUGCCCUGUUGGAGAUCUGUACGCCGCAUGCCGUUUUCUGUGAAGUUUAUCCUGAAAGAGCGCAGCAUACUGAGCUUCGUUUUGGUGCGGAAGGGUGGCUUUACAGGAUCACUAUGUUUUUGAAUGACUGUGUGCGCAAUCUAAAUUCAUCCCCAGAAGUUCGGAUUUGUGCCCAGAAAGCGCUGGCAACCCUGCGAACAAUGAUGACAUGGAACAUCCCCUUGGCCAUUGCUUCCAGUCAGUGUGUUCAAGCAAUGUGUAUGGCGCUGACGGCAAACGAUGAGAGCGUUUUAAUGGCAGCGAUUGAGGCGUUGCAUGCGUUGUAUGGCCGAAGCCAUUAUGAUAUCCAAGAGUUUGGAAGCUUGUUGCGUAUAAUAUACAACAAAGAGAAUCUGGAGUUGUUAACAAAGCUCUUUGAAUGGUCAUUUGUUGAUGCGAAUGAUAUUUUAGACACAAAAUAUACAACAUCCAAGAAGCUUUCAGAGCUGCUUUCAUACCUAGCUGGAUUCCUUGAAGAGAAGAAUCUUGGCCUGAUUAAAAUGAUUGAUCAAUCAUAUUUUCUUACUUUAUUAAUCCGCGUCUUAAGACACCCAAGUUUGAUCGUAUCUAUUCCUGUGCUUCACUCCUGGUCCAGGCUACUCGUAUGCGAUGAGGUUGCAAACUUGGAAAUAAUUACGAACUUCAUUGGCCAAUUGCUGGAAAUAUGUACACAACGUCUCGUGAGAUAUGAAGCAUAUCCAGAAGACUCAGAUGACCCAACUGUUCUCUUCUUGAAUGAGGAUAUUGACACCCUACCCGAUAGACACGCUUUUGUGGGGAACUACCGAAGAUACUGCGGACAGGUUAUAGACGUUAUUGUACAAAAACGGCCCCAAGAUGCGAUUCCUCAUAUCCUUUCGGUAGUUGAUAUUGGCUUGAACAAUUUAUAUCACGGGACUUCUCCGUUUAAUCCCGCAACAUUUCAUAAGCAUACGGCUCCGGCUCUACGGGCAGACACAAGGUUUACAGUCACGGAGUAUCUUCUGAAGGGGUAUAAUAAGUGGGUUGAGAGCCAUGGUGCUGACCCACAGCGUGAUGAACAGCAACGGUUGACCCUCGAAAACAUGCUCGAAUCAUGGGCUCUUAGUUUGUUGCAGCGGCAGUUUUCUGAUCCUGUUAUUAAACAACGAGUAAUACGGCUGUCUGUUGAUUUCUCUGCCCACGCACUUCGAAACAAACCAAGCUAUGCGCUCAAAGUUCUCGAACAUAUCCUCCUGACUAAUAUACCGGAUAAUCCUGCAUUUCCCCUUUAUUCCGAGUCUGUGAGAGAAUUAUAUAGCCUUUCAACGUAUGAGGUUCGGAGGCUCGCCAUACGUUAUGCGGAUUACUUCUCUACGUUUUAUAACAUCCUCGAGCAAAAGGUCCAGGAAAUGCAGCAAAGGUCUGUCGAAGAUCAACCGCAGAUGGAGUUAUCAUCUGUUCUCCUGAUCGUCAUGCACCGAGCAAAAGAUGUCGACCCAAGUUUACGCCAAGCUCGCCUUCAGUCAUUUAUUGAGCCGUUAAAACUUGCGUGGGCAGAUGAACAGUUUCGGCGAGCGAUCAGCACUUUCCAGGGUUUUUGCGAGAUCUUCGGUAUAGAUCAGGUUCAUCCGUACCUGCAAGCUCGACAGGCGCAAAAGCUUGAAGACUGGUCUGCGUGUGCUCUCGAUGAAGAAGGAAAGCGACUUCAGAGUCAACUGAACUCGAAAUUUCAGCGUGUGCCCCUAAGAAAUACCAAAACCUUGCUGGCGGUCUCCACAGAGAAGCUAAAGCCGAGUGAUCCUCCAUUUCAGAUUACAUGCGAACUUUGGAAAGAUAUGAUACCCCUUAUUCUUCCGUCAUUGUUGCAAUUGGUUGGCCAUGCCCAUGCUUUUCACAACCCAGAUAAUUGGGUCGGACUGCCGCAGGAUAUGCGUCCAGUCGUUGGACGUAUCUUGACGGACAGAUUCUGGCAAGCUGGUAUUUCAGCAGGUAGUAGAGAAGAUUUUUAUGCAAAGAUUGCUACAUCUAAAAGUACCCUUGAAGGAUUCUCUUCUUCCGUUAGAGGGAAGAUUAGAGCAGUCCGGGAAGCGUGUUACUCCAUACUUUUUAGUAUGAGUAGAUUAGGGGACCACUUCUACGGAUUUCAUGAACUUUCGGCUCCCUUGUCCCAGGCGCUAUACAGUAAUGCCCCGUCGCUUUCUUCGCACCAGUUUUCGGUACUGUUGAAUAUAUCCCGGUGCCUUAUAGAUGAUUGUCCGCCACAGUCACGGGCGCAUUUCUUACCUCCAAUGAUGUCGGGGUUAUUCGUUCAACUCGAUAAGAAAAUUACAACGGAGUGGGAUAUAAUCGAACGCCGGAAAGCUGGGAUGGGAGAUGUCGACUUGACGGAAGAAAUGAAAGAAGAAAGUAUACUCAGACAACUCACUUACUCCGCGGUGCUAAUGGUGGCCGGCUUGCUGGACCCAAAUAGAGAAGCCGCUGGGAACUCGGUGUCCAAAACCGCUCCAACACCGUCGGAAGAGGUUCGACAAGAGAAUUUAAUGCGAACGUUCAUCCUGUCAUCGCCUGAAAUCCUGGAACCCGUUAUCGUAUUCUGUACCCACGCCUUACGCAUCCACGAUACGCGCAGCUGCAGCGUAAUCACAAGGGUCUUGCGCUCUAUACUAACCUCAUUCCUACCCGCCGUCGACACUCCAACCGCAGCUAGCAUCCGUGAAUUCAUCAGCAACCACGUAUUGAAAGCAUGUAUCACCUCCGUGCAUGAGCCAUACUUCGUGGACAUGCAAAAAGACCUCGCCCAACUCAUCGCUUCUAUAUGGAUUCUCUAUGGUGCGCGCAGCUCCACGCCAAGGUCGGUUAUGUUGAGUUUACCUGGCAUGGUGGAAUCGAAAGUUGUUGCGGCAGAAGAAGUCUUGACGAAAGCAGCGUCGACUAGGGUCCAAAAGGCGGUGAUUCUGGACUUCUUGGAAGGAUUGAGAGGUGUAAGUAUAAGUGAGCAAGGGAAGAUUGGCGGAGCUCGAGCAAAUCGACGCAAGGAACGCAGUGCCAUAGAGGCAAGGUACCUGACCACGGAGAUGGAGGGCCAGGAAGGUGGAAAGGUAGAUAUAAAUAAUGGGCCAGAUUUAACCGGAAUUGCUGAUAUGUUUGGUUGA